CAGCUUCUGCUCCACGCAAAUAUAUGCUUCUCUUUCUCUUUUUUGUUCUUCCUGAGUUUGGAGUUUUUUUUUUGUUUGUUUUUGAAGUUGAAUCAUGUUUUAUUCACAUCAGCUUUUAGCUCGAAAAGCUCCGUUGGGUCAGAUAUGGAUGGCCGCUACGUUGCACGCGAAGAUCAAUCGGAAGAAACUGGAUAAGCUCGAUAUCAUUCAAAUCUGCGAAGAGAUUUUGAAUCCGUCGGUUCCGAUGGCUCUUAGACUCUCCAGUAUUCUUAUGGGUGGAGUUGUGAUCGUUUAUGAGAGGAAAGUGAAGCUCCUAUUCGAUGAUGUUAAUCGCCUUGUGGUUGAAAUUAAUGGAGCUUGGCGCACAAAAGCUGUUCCGGAUCCCACUUUACUACCUAAAGGAAGAACCCAUGCUAGGAAAGAAGCUGUCACAUUGCCUGAGAAC